AUGAUGAUGAAGAGGAGCCCCGCCCUUGCAGCCAUGAACCGGAAGUUUGGGAUGAUCCACGGGCUGUCGUCUCUGGCCAACAUCAUCAUGGCCUUCGGCUGCCUGGCCAUGCACUCCUGGUGCUUGCAUCAACGCGUACGCAGGAAUUCUGAAGCUGUGCCGACCAGGGUCCUGGGCCAUCCUCCUAGCUUCAAGUCUUGCGCGGACUUCACCAUGAGUUCCACUGGGUUGUGGGCUCAAGACCAGGGAUCCAGGCUGCAUCAACGCGUACGCAGGACGUCUAUGCAAGCUGCUAAGCUGUCAGAAGAAGAUGGUGUGUCGUCAUCACAACCACCGGAAUUGGAAGACAAAUCAUCCCAAGCCAAAACCGCCAAGAGUGGUAUAUAUAUGCUCGUGUAUGAUGCAGUUCGGCAGCUGGGGUCCAUUUCUGGGCUAGUGCUGGUGCUGGUGCUGGUGCUGGUGCUGGUGCUGAUGCAGGUGGAGCUAGGGUCUUUGUGGCUGAUGGCGCUGGUGCUGAUGCUGGAGGUGGCGCAGAUGCUGGAGCUGAUAAGGAUGCUCGUGUCUCGGGAUGAUGCAGUUCGGCGGGUGGUGUCCAUUGCUGGGCUAGUGCUGGUGCUGGUGCUGGUGCUGGUGCUGGUGGGGCUGCUGCCUUCGUGGCUGGUGCCGCUGGCGCUGGCGCUGAAGCUGAUAAUGAUGCUCCUGUCUCCGGAUGAUGCAGUUCGGUGGGUGGGGCUGCUGGGGGCGCUGUAUGGGCUGGUGCUGCUGGGGAGUAUUAUGUUUCCUAUUUGGUUGCUGCACCAGAUGGCGGUGGCGCUGGCGCUGGAGGUGCUGCUACCGCAACUGCUAGGGCGGGUACAAACCGUCCACAGGCUCGUGAAGUGGGGGCCCCACGAAUGGGUUAUGGACUCCGGUGCGUGGUACCACCAUACCUCCAACCUGGCGCUGCUGCUUGAAGGCGGCUACUUCCAGUCUCAGGAGCUGGACAACAAAGAUGCUCCGUCGAGCGGGGAUGACACCACCGCCCCGCAUGUCCAGGGGCGCGGGUCUGUACGGACGGACUGCUUUGACUUCCCAGGCGUCCACUAUGUUGUUGGGGACGACACAAGGAAUGUUGUGUCGGUGUCUCAGCUCGCUCGUGAUCAUGGACUGGUCACUGUCUUUGAGCCGACGGCUUGCCGCGUCAAGGAGAAGAAUACCGGGAAGAUCGUUGGCAAGGGUCGCUUACGCAACGGCAUGUACAUACUGGAUUCUCUACACAUCGUCGGCCAACAUAUAAGAGACGGAGGAGCAAGUGGAGGCGAUCGCCAUGCAGGGGUGACGCCAGAUGGAGGUGGUGGAGGUAAUGGAGAUGGUGAUAGCACAGCUGAAGGGUGUGGAGGAGGUGGAAGAGAUGGUAGGGGAGAAGGAGGGACCAGAGCUAGAAACCAGGAAGAAAGCAGUGGAAGUGGAGCCGCCAGAGGAGAUAUUAACGAAAUAAAUGAGGAGGGGGAGGGCGGGGACGAAAAAGAGAUUGAAGAAAUGGAUGAUAAUGAUGAAGAUGACAUCAAGGAGAUUGGAGAAAUAAAUGGCAAAGGGGAAAAGGAAGAUGAUGAGAAAAGAGGAGGACAAAAUUCUGGACAAUUAUCGUCUCGAUUGCACACAGGCUUGUUUGGCAUGACUACGGACCCGACUGGGUACCAUCUUCCCGCUGGAGCCUUUCCUGCUUCGUCGACAAACGCAGCACGCCGGGAAGAAUUUCUAGUGGACUCGGGUGCAUCCUUCCACACGACAUGGGAUGGAGGGAUUCUAAUUCCCUACCCCGAGGAUCUAAAGGAUCAUACCGAGCCACCGACGCGGUGUUUCGGAGGGAUUAGUGGGUCUAUCGAGGUCAAAACAUCUGGCUACUUGAGCAACUAUAAGAUCAAGCUCGACGGCGUACUGCUUGCUCCCGACUCACGGAUGAACCUUGUCUCCGUUGGCCAGCUCUCGAUCCAGUAUGGCGUGCAAGUGCAAAUGGACGACGAGGGGGUCGUGAUCAAGAAGAAGCAGGACGGGGUUCAGAUUGGGGGAGGCAAAAUGCUCGACAACCAACAGUAUGCGCUGGAAUAUUUCGAGCCAGGAGGUCUAUUUGCUCUCAGCCCCACACCCGACUUCAUGAUCUUUGGUAGAAGCCGCGAGUCCCGUGCUGUCAGGAUGCGAAGGCCCAACACGCUCGUCACAGGCCCAAUGUGGAGCCGCUAG